AACAGCACGAGACCGGCCAAUAGCGAGGGCUUGUGCAAAGUCAGUGGGGCGGUGAGAACUUUGCCUGCCCCUGAUUGUCUCCGGCGUUCGGAUUCACCUGCCCCCACGUCUCGUUUUUUAGACGAGAGGACCGAAAACGAUGUACAAGGCGGCGGCCCGCGCGGCAGCGGCGACGGCUUCGGCCAAGGGAGCUUCGGCGAGGGUAGUUGGCCGGAGCGCGGCAGUUCUUGGGCGAUCCCUGAGUGCCGCCCCGGGGGCGAAGGAGGAGGCCCCGGAGCCGCCCCGCGUGUACGGCGGGCUCAAGGACCAGGACCGAAUCUUCACCAACCUGUACGGGGAGCAGGACUGGCGAGUGGGAGAUGCCUUGAAGCGCGGAGACUGGCACCAGACGAAGGAAAUCAUGUGGAUGGGUCCCGAUUGGAUCGUGCAGGAGAUGAAGGACUCGGGCCUCAGGGGUAGGGGCGGUGCCGGCUUCCCUUCUGGCCUGAAGUGGUCCUUCAUGCCCAAGAACACUGAUGGCCGGCCCUCGUUCCUCGUCGUGAACGCCGACGAAUCAGAGCCGGGAACCUGCAAGGACCGCGAAAUCAUGCGCAAGGACCCGCACAAGCUGGUAGAGGGCUGCCUGCUCGCCGGCUACGCGAUGCGCGCCCGCGCGGCGUACAUCUACAUCCGCGGGGAGUAUUUCAAUGAGGCCGUAGUGAUGGACGAGGCCAUCCACGAGGCCUACCAGAAAGGCUUCCUCGGCAAGAACGCCUGCGGCUCCGGCUACGACUUCGACGUGUACCUCCACCGUGGGGCGGGGGCCUACAUCUGCGGCGAAGAGACCGCUCUCAUCGAGAGCCUCGAGGGCCGCCAGGGCAAGCCGCGCCUGAAGCCGCCGUUCCCGGCAAACGUUGGCGUGUUCGGCUGCCCGACCACGGUCACGAACGUUGAAACCGUGGCGGUUGCGCCGACUAUCCUCCGCCGCGGCGCGAGCUGGUUCGCGAGCUUUGGGCGCAAGAACAACCACGGCACCAAGCUCUUCGCGAUCUCUGGCCACGUGAACAACCCCAUCGUGGUGGAGGAGGAGAUGUCGAUCACCCUUAGAGAACUGCUCGACAAGCACUGCGGCGGCGUCAGAGGGGGCUGGGACAACCUCCAGGCUGUCAUCCCCGGAGGCUCCUCGGUCCCCGUCCUCGACAUCAACGACUGCGCGGAUGUGAUGAUGGACUUCGACGACCUCAAGAAAGCCGGAUCGGGUCUGGGCACGGCCGCCGUGACCGUGAUGGACAAGAGCGUCGACAUGAUCGCCGCCAUCCGCCGCCUUGCACACUUCUACAAGCACGAGUCUUGCGGCCAGUGCACCCCCUGCAGGGAGGGCACCGGGUGGUUGGAGCAGAUGCUCGUCAAGAUGGAGAAGGGCGAGGCAGACACGCGCGAGAUCCCCAUGCUGGAAGAGAUCUCCAGGUCGAUCGAGGGGCACACCAUCUGCGCCCUCGGCGACGCCGCGGCCUGGCCCGUUCAGGGCCUGAUCAGGCGUUUCCAGCCGGUAAUCGAGGAGCGUAUCGCCGGCGGGCCGGAGCAGUACCAGUCCGAGAAGGGCAAGUACUUCCAGGAGGCUUGGAGCGGGGAGCCUUUCAAGAACAAGGCAUGGGUCGACCAGCACGGCGACGGCAAGGCGUACAGCCGAUCAUAACUCGACCGAACGGCCCGAUUUGCCUCAGGCACGAUCACAAGCAGAAACACAGACAAUCCCUCCUCGGGCGAGAAGCGGGGAGCGGGAAAGCACAAGCACGUGCUGUGGUUGAGAAAUCUUGAACGUCUCGUCCAGUACGGCUCGCUUAGAGAGCUUGAUCGGAAGGGAGCGGGUGUUCGGCGAAGGCUGGUGCCAGCUUGAUCGGUUGGUUCUGUGUUCGCUCCCACUCGUGGCUACAGCUUUAGCGUAGAGCCUCGUGUUAAUUUUAUCGAAGAUUGUUGUGCGAGCCAUGCGUCGCUCAAAGUCCACGGCAGCCCUGCUCGAAGGGACGCUGUCUCAUGUCUAGUAAGAUCGAGGGACUUGUGUGCCGUGUGUAUGAAAGCGCGUCGCCACGAAGAGGAGCUGCAGCCUUGGUGUAUGAUGACGCCGGCCCGCGGGGCAUCUGGCCCUGUGCACGGUAGCCCGCAUUAAUUUUGCCAGGCGGUUUUGGCUCUCUUUGUCGCUUUAGUGAAGCCUUACUUGUCGUCUUGGUUCUGCUGGGUGCAACGCCUUGCGGAGAAGCCAUAGCUUUCGGUUUUGACACAAGUGUCUUUAGAGCCCAUUAAUGGCGGACUACCAUUUUUUUUUUUGGCGGUUAUCGUUCGUUGUGUUAACAUUUGCUUCAGUGAC